GAGAGGGAAGAGAAGGAGAGUCUGUCAGUCUCAGGAUGGGUUAUGACCUGGAGAGGUUUGUGGGGUACGUGAACGAGGGGCUUCUGUGCUGUGUGUGUCGGGAUGUGUUGGAGCGCCCCCUCCAGGCCCCUUGUGAACAUGCAUACUGUGACGCCUGCAUCAGCUCCUGGCUCAUACACCACCAUUCCUGUCCCGAGGACAGACUUCCACUGGACAUCAGCACUCUGAGACCACUGCACAGGUACAUGCGUAAUGACCUGUCUAGGCUCCAGAUCCGUUGUGUUAACUCUGGCCAGGGUUGUGAUGCCGUCUGCUGCCUGGAGACACUUCACACACACGAGGACGAGUGUCCAUUCACCUUCAUAUCCUGCUCCUCCACAGGUUGUCCGGUGCAGGUGGAGAGGAGGGCUCUAGAGUCUCACCUGUUGGAGUGUGAGUUCCGCAGCAGGGCGUGUCCUAGCGGCUGUGGCCACACCCUCCUCUCUGUAGACCAAUCACAGCACAACUGUGUUGCAGAGCUACGAACAGAAUURGAGCUGCUCAGGGCAGAGAUGUUGGGUAAGGUGGAGGAGGUGAGGCAUGAGAUGGAGUCGAGGCUGGACUCUCAGAGGAGACACAUGGUGCAGAAAGAGUCUCUGCUGAAGAGCGAGGUGGAGGACCUCAAGGGCCAGGUGUCGAGGGUGGUGUGUGAUGUGCGGGCUCUCUUGAGGGCAGAGCGCCUGCGGAGACAGGAGCUGGCAGAAGCGGAGCUAGAGAAGAGRGAGCUACUGGAGAUGCUCCGGAGCCUGCAGCCAUGCAGGGGCCAGCGGAACAGAGACGAGCCAAUCAGAGGACUGCAUCAAGAAGACGGGACAAUUAGGAGCCAGCUUCAAGUGGAACACCCAACCAGGGGCCUGCUGASGGCGGGGCCAACACAGGCUUCUACCCAAUCACUACCCUCGGCUUUGCCCACUCCAGCCUUAUACCCGCCUACCUCCCCACAGCUAGGGGAGGGGUCACGAAAGGCCUGCCCCCGCAGCCUUACCCUCGACUGCAUCAAGAGCAGAGAGGUCACCGUCAUCUGAGGGGCCAUUCCUAAUGUUACUGGGUUAUGUUCAGCACUGGGUUAUGUUCAGUAGGCGCAAAUGAGAGAAAAUGCUUUAAUUAACUUCCUCAAUUCCUUCAUUUAACCGUCUCAAAACAUUUUUAUCUGGUGUGGCAUCUCCUGAACGCACCCUUGAUGAUUGGCAGGUACCUGUGACAUUGCUUCAACUCAGAGAAAACCAGCCUGCUGAGAUCCUAAAUAAAGUCUGCUGAAACACCUCUGA